AGUCUGUGGAGAGUGUAUGUGUUUCAUAUGCUGUAACACAGGAGAGAGACACCGUGUGUGUUUAUUUUUGGCUCAGUGCGAGCGUGUCGAUGGCUGCCGAUGCGUCGCAAAGGAAAGCUCUGAGAUAUCAGCAGACCCUGCUGUAUGGAGAAUAUAGAGAGCAGGUGGGUAAUGUUGCCAGACGGGAGGCUACGCGUCUGCUAACGGAAAGGCAAUGGAGGAGACAUGCUGGAAAUGCCAAAGCAACCCGGAGAAGCCGCGGCCGUGCACAUCAUGCUGGUCUGGAGGCGGGGGCCAUGCGUCAAGGAUUAAGCCAGGCCUCGACUAUCAAAAAGCCCCGCCCAUAUUCCAAAUGCCAAGAUUGCCUGGCCAGAAUUCAGAGGUGUAUUGUAACAAAGCUCGGGGAGGACUGGAUCUUUCUGGUUCUCCUGGGUCUCACUAUGGCUUUGGUUAGCUGGAGUAUGGACUAUGCCAGUGCCAAGAGCCUGCAGGCAUAUAAGUGGAUGUAUGGAGAGCUGAAGGGAAAUGUGGGUCUGCAGUAUCUGGCCUGGAUCUCAUAUCCCAUCAUCCUUAUUGUAUUUGCAUCCCUGUUCUGUCAUCUGGUAUCUCCACAAGCUAUAGGCUCUGGGAUCCCUGAACUAAAGACUAUUCUGAGAGGCGUGGUGUUAAAGGAAUAUCUCACUCUCAAAGCGUUUGUGGCUAAAGUCAUUGGUCUUACGGCUGGUCUGGGCAGUGGGAUGCCCAUCGGAAAGGAGGGUCCGUUUGUGCACAUUGCCAGUAUCUGUGCGGCAGUGCUGAGCAGGAUCAUGUCCAUCUUCACCGGUGUGUACGAGAAUAGCGCCCAUGUUCAGGAUCUACUGGUCUGUGCCUGUGCGGUGGGAGUGGCCACCUGUUUCGCCGCCCCAGUGGGAGGUGUGUUGUUUAGUAUUGAGGUCACGUCGACAUAUUUUGCAGUGAGGAAUUACUGGAGAGGAUAUUUUGCCGCCACGUUCAGUGCCUUCAUAUUCAGAGUACUUUCAGUGUGGAACAAAGAUUCUGUCACUAUAACAGCACUCUUUCGAACAAACUUUCGUAUGGAUUUCCCCUUUGACCUGCAGGAACUGCCAGCUUUUGCGAUUAUCGGGAUUUCAUGUGGGUUUUUAGGAGCGUUCUUUGUUUAUCUGAACAGACAGGUUGUUCUGAUAAUGCGGAGACAGACAGCUCUCACGCGAUUCCUAACAAAACACCGGUUGCUUUACCCCGGUGUCGUGACACUGAUUAUAGCCUCUUUAACUUUUCCUCCGGGUUUCGGACAGUUUAUGGCAGGAGAGCUGAUGCCCAGGGAGUGCAUUAACUCACUGUUUGAUAACUUCACCUGGACGAAGAUUUCAGGUUCCCCCAUGCCACCUGGACUGGGUCAAUCUGCCGCCUGGCUCCACCCCCAAGUCAGCGUUUUUGUCAUCCUUCUCCUUUUCUUCAUCAUGAAGUUCUGGAUGUCUGCAGUCUCUACAACAAUGCCUGUCCCUUCUGGAGCUUUCAUGCCUGUUUUUAUCUUGGGCGCAGCAUUCGGACGUUUGGUGGGUGAGAUCAUGGCCACGCUCUUUCCAAACGGAAUUCUGUUCGAUGGGAUCGUAUACCAAAUCCUUCCAGGAGGCUACGCAGUAAUCGGGGCGGCAGCAAUGACCGGGGCAGUCACACACACGGUUUCCACAGCGGUGAUUUGUUUUGAGCUAACAGGGCAAAUUUCACACAUCCUGCCCAUGAUGGUGGCCGUGAUCCUCGCCAACAUGGUGGCUCAGGGUCUGCAGCCUUCUCUUUAUGACUCCAUCAUUCAGGUGAAGAAACUACCCUAUCUCCCUGAGCUUGGGAUCGGACACAUCAGUAAGUAUAAUAUCUUUGUGGAGGACAUCAUGGUGAAGAAAUUAAAGUUUCUAUCACCUCAGUCCACAUACCGAGAACUGAACGAGCUACUUGACUCCACGUCCCUUAAAACCAUCCCACUCGUCGACUCCAAAGAGUCAAUGAUUCUGUUGGGCUCCAUCGAGAGAUGUGAACUUCAGGCUGCCUUUGAUUGGUGGCUGUCAGCAGAGAGGCGGGUCUAUAACCAGAGCGAGGGCGUGCCCGACCCCGGGUCACAGGUCAGCUGGGAGUCCUUCCCUUUUGUGGAUGAGGAGGUUGGAGAGGAAAAUGGAGAGAGGGCUAACACAGUCUCGGAAGAGCGCAACGGCCCACUGGGGUCCACUAAAAGCCCAGACAUCAUCCCUAAUCACACAACAACUGGUGCCCUACGGGUCAUGAGGAGAACUCUGCAUCGCCUUUUCUCGUCCUUUUCCUCAUCGCCACAAAGUGAGCCAGAGAGCCCGCCGGCCCCUCCUGUAGCCGAAAACAUGACUCCUGAAGAGAUUAAAGCCUGGGAGGAGGAAGAGCAGGAUAAGCCGAUCGACAUCGAUCAGAUCCGCGUUGACCCCUCACCUUUUCAGCUGGUGGAGAGAACAUCUUUGCAUAAGACUCACACUUUGUUUUCUCUGCUGGGUCUCAGUCAUGCCUAUGUAACCAGUAUUGGUAGACUGGUUGGGGUGGUGGCACUAAAAGAGCUCCAGAAAGCGAUUGAAGGUUCGACCCGCAGCGGAGUGCGACUACGUCCCCCUCUGGCCAGUUUCAGAGACGCAAGGCGCAAGGCCAAAAGACCCUCCCAUUCCCACUCUAGCCCGUCCUCUCCCACACGGGACAGAGAGUUAUGGAGCGAAGGAGUGAUACGAGAAACUAAAGAAGAGUCCGUCAGCAGUUGUGUCCAGACGACAGGAACGGAGUGUAAUAUCGCCAUAGGCGACGCUAGCAAAAGUUCCACCAAUACGUCUCAGGAGGAACUGUCUUCACCUUCAUCCACGAUCCCUCUCUCUUCUCUUCAUUCCGUGCCUGAAGGAAAACCGAAUGGUGAUAGAGAGAGCGACGAGGAACCUUUAUAGUCUAUUGUUUUUAAUUUUCCUCUUAUACAGCCUUCCAGGGGUAGAUCAACCUUAUUAUGGUGCCGCCUUCAUGCCCAGGAUGGGCAAGAGAUGCAACAUGGGACACAUUGUUUUAAAGGGGUUUCUUCGCUCUCCAGACCGGACUCUCUUAGAGGUUCUUAUUUAGUUAUGUGCAUCUAUAAAUUUGUACAUAUGGACACGUCUCACUGAAUAUCAUUGCUACGGCUCCUCGUGUUUGUCAAUUUUCACAGUCAAUCACUUUUAAAUGCUUUAACCUUUAAAGUUCACCAAAAAAUAAAAAUUCUGUCAUUAUUAACUCACCUCCUUGCAUGGAAAUCUACUGUAUAGGAGAUUCUUGGUAGAAAUCAUAUUUAUAGUGACCAAAAAGAACAGAAAACAUCAAAAAGCCCAUGGUUUUGGCCAUAAAUGAAAAUAUGUGAUUUUUACAUUGUGUUUCAAGACAUACUGUAAAAACCCUCGUCAUUUUACAAAAUUUACCUGUUUUUUUCAAAAUACGGUCAAAAACCGUCAAAUUACAAAAAAUACAGCAAAUUUACAAGAAAACAGAGAAAGUCAUGUUAUUUUACCGUGGAAAAACUGUUAUUUUCAUAAUAUUCCUGGCGCCCCAGCUGCCAGAAAAUUUCCUUUUUUUUUUACAGAUUUUUUUACAGUGAUAUACUUUGUGCAAUAAACAGUCAAAGUAUGUUGAUUUAUUAGAUUUAUUGGGAUUAUUUCAAACGGUGAUAGUGUGAACUACUUUAAAUAGCUUUUUGUUUUAAGGAUUUUUUUUAUUUUUAAACGUUGAUGGCCAUUGUUCAAUAUUAUCAAUGGUACUAUUUAAAAGAACAUGAGGGUAAAUAAUAACAGAAUCAUGUGACCCUAAAACAUGACAUUAGGUUAAACCUAAUGUAGUCAGGUUCAUUUAGCCAUCUUCUUAUAUUUUGGAUGAAUCUAGUUCAUUUAGAUUUUAGCACAUGAAGCACAUUUUUAGACAGAUCAUUUUUUACA